GUUUCCACAACUGCGUGGACAUUAAAAUGUGAAAGGAUCAAGCCACACUACACAACGCAAGACGUUUAACGAAGAACUACAGACACUGAAGGAACAGGUCCUGUUGCAGAAUGUGUCCUACACCACCUGCAAAGGGGCUCCCUUUCCUAAAUUUCCUGCUCUUAUUGGCAGUGGGGACAUCUGAGGUGCUGAGGUCAGAAGUUCCAGAGAACUAUGAAGGAAACUUCCCUUUUUAUAUCGCAAAGCUGCCCAAGCAGGCAGUAGGAUCAUACCAUUUCACUCUGACUGGAGAUGAUGAGGGGGUUUUCGGGGUGGAUUCGGGUUUUCUGUAUGCUACAGAACCCUUCGACAGAGAGAAGCACCCCUCCUACACGCUGCAGGUAAGCGUGACUGACAAAGGGCAGCCAGUCAUUGACCCCGCCACUAUUUAUAUCCAGGUGAAGGAUAAAAAUGACAACUCUCCACAGUUUACAAAGGAAUCCAUGUCAGGAAUCGUCUACUCUGGUCUGGGUACAAAAUCAGGGUCUCCCUUUAUGCAGGUACAGGCCUCUGACCUGGAUGACCCCGACACCCCACAUGCUGACCUCCGUUACAGUCUGGUCAGCCAGGCCCCCUCAGAACCAUCCGGAAACAUGUUUCAGAUCAACUCUCUGACCGGCUCUGUGUCCCUCACUGCAGAAGGUGCGCGUCUCCUAGACCCAGAGCAGUGUAACAUGUAUAACCUGAAGGUGACAGUCAAGGACAUGGGAGAGGAAUCCUAUGCACACACAGUGGAGGGCAAUGUGUCCAUUGAAGUCAUGGAGAACACGUGGAUCCCACUAGUGCCUGUGAAUCUACAAGAGAACCAGCAGGGCCCUUUCCCACAGCAGAUCUCCCAGGCUCAGUGGAGUGGAGGGCCAGCUGUUUACAGGCUGAAGGGAGCUUUCUCUAGGGGUCUUUUUACCAUCAGCAGCGAGGGCAUCAUCUCAGUGACCCGGCCUCUGGAUAGAGAAGCUCAGGUUGAGUUUCAGAUCGAGGUAUUUGCAGAAAGUCCUGACGGCACCCCGUACGCCGACCCCCUCACGCUGGCAGUCACCGUGGGAGACGACAAUGACAACGCGCCCGUCUUCUCCCAGCAGCUGUACCAGGCAGACGUUCAUGAGCUGGCCGUGCAAGGGACAGAAAUUCUUCAAGUCCAGGCCACUGACGCAGAUGCUCCCGCCUCGGAUAACUCAAAGGUUGUUUACCGAAUUGCCAGUCAGGAGCCAGAAAGCAAAGAGCCUUUAUUUAGAAUGGACAGGGAAUCUGGAUCCAUUAUUGUGCAGGCAGCUAGUCUCCAUGGCAUUGCAGCUCACUACACUCUGGAAGUGAUAGCAGAGGAUCUGGCCGGGCAGAAGGGAGGACACAGCAGCAGCUGCACAGUUAUCCUGGACGUGGUGGAUGUGAAUGACAGGCCUCCUGUGUUUUCACAAAGAAAGUAUGGACCAUUUAAGAUGCCUGAAGAUACAGAGAUGGGUUUUCUGGUAACACAGGUCACAGUUUCAGAUGAAGAUAAGCCUGGAACAGACAGCUGGCUUGUGGAGUUCAAGAUUGAGUCAGGAAAUGAGGGAGAAAUCUUUGAAUUGCAGGCAGACAGAGAGAAUAAUACAGCCAACGUAAUCCUCCAGAAGGAGCUGGACUUCGAGAGUGUGCAGGAAUAUUCUCUGGUGCUCAGUGCUCGGAACGUGGGGCCGCUGGUUGCCGGUAGUUACGGCUCAGACUCCACGGCUACCGUCUUGGUUCGGGUGGUGAAUGUGAACGAGGCGCCAGUGUUGUCCCAGGAAGUCUACGUGGAGAGCGUGGAGGAGGGGGUGCCAGCGGGGACUGUGGUGCUCACCGUGAAGGGCUCGGACCCGGACACCCCUCGCGGAAUUGCUCUCAGAUAUUCUCUGAAAGGAGACACCAAUGAAUGGUUCUAUAUUAAUGAAUACACUGGGGAGAUCAAAGCUGCCCGAGUUUUGGACAGAGAGGUGAUGGAGGGUACCUACACUAUGGUGGUGGUGGCAGAGGAGAGAGUAAGCCCUAACAGCACGCCCAUGUCAGUGACAGCAACUGUGACGAUAAAUGUCAAGGAUGUGAAUGACAACUACCCUCACCUGGUAGGGGAUUACUCCCAGGAGUACCUGUGCUCACUGCAACGUGAGAACCAGGCCAUUAUCAUCGGAGCAGUGGACGGGGAUGUGCAGGAGCAGAGCGGGGCUCUGCAAUUCUCAUUCAACAACGACCCCACCGUGCGUCGCAACUGGAGGCUCAGCCCCAUCAACGGUACUCAUGCCUAUCUUUCCAUGGGACUCAGUUACUUGGUGCCUCAGGUCUACAUGGUGCCUAUCAUCAUCACGGACAGUGGGACUCCCAGACUGGAAAAACAAUUUAACCUGCCAGUGACUGUGUGCCAGUGCACUGAACGAGGCUACUGCAGGACUCAAGUCUUGGAAAUGAUGGGAAAGCCAACUCCGCUGUCUGCUUUCGGCAUUUUAUUUGGAACCCUGGGAAUUUUAAGCCUUGCUGUAAUGAUAGGCUUAGCAAAAUUGAAAGCUAAGAGAACAGACAACCCAGACAAAAUCCCUUUGAACAAUUCUGCAUAGCGCCCAGCAUAGAAGAGGAUUCACCCACAUUUUACAGCCUGUCAUGAAACCUACAGUACUCACCUAUAGCACCUAAGGAGCCCUGUGGCAAACACAGCCGUAACUAAAGAAAACACAACGAAGAUGAAAUGCAAGACACUGCCUUGGCCAGAUGAAUGAUGUCAAUACUUUAAUUGCUAAACGAUAAAUCCACAAAGGUAUAUAACUAAUGAGUGCCUUUAGCCACAGCUAAGAUAACCAGCACAGCAAGCUAAAGUCAAUCAUGCUUCCUAUCUAUACAAUAGAUCGUUGUUAAAUAAUUUAAUAUAAGGUGGUCUUCCAUUUGAUAUCACACUGUUAAAUAAUGUAACUGCAAUAUCAAACUGAAGACCACGAUUUAUUUAUAUAUUUAUAAAUUAUAUUAUUUAACAGUGUGAUAUCAAACUGAGUAUACUAUACAUACACUAGUUAAACAAAAGAUCUGUGUUAAAAGCAGUGGUUGAAGUAUGGCUUAUCUGCUAGCAAUGCCAUACAAUGUGGGGGUGUUUUUUUGCUCACAAACCAUCAGUGUUAAUGUAGUGGUAUUUAAAACCAAUAUGAAAUCCCAGUUGCCUGGUGUAUAUAUAAUAAAUAUGUCAGUGGAUAGAUAAAAAGAACAAAUCUAGCACCUGUUGAAUGAGGAUGUAGAUGCUAAAAGUAAGAUAUUAAUGAGUGCCCUUCAGCUUUCUAAGGGGAUAGGGGAUAGUCCAAUCAAAUAAAAUGUAUUUAAUAAAGUAUUAUCUUACAUCUGAUGUUAGAAAUUCAACUGCCUUAAAAAGAUGUGUGUGAUUAUUAUUAACAGAGGGCACUGGACAGUCUGUGACAGCUCCCAGUAGAUCCACAGCUUAGUGACAAAUGAAUGAUUUCUGAUGGCUAAUGCACCGCUAAUAAGAGGUGUUUGCCUCCAAGUGUAAAUUAAAUAAAGCCAGUUUUACUGUC